CGGCCCGUGUUGUUUCGGUUAGGAGCCGUCGCCGCCAUUUCAAGACAGUGAAAGGUAGCUGUUUAAGAAGAGUUCUCAAGACUUGUAUCCAGUAAGUGCUGCCGCCCUUUAAGCCUUCCAAAACACUGGUAACGACUGCUGCCCUCUUCCUACCACUUCUAGAAACAAUUUUGCCGGUAGUGGCGGCAGUAAGAGCCAAUUUCCCCUUCUCGCUCGGUCUCAAGAAGCUCCAGAUGGCGUCUUCCGUGGGCAACGUGGCCGACAGCACAGAACCAACGAAACGUAUGCUUUCCUUCCAAGGGUUAGCUGAGUUGGCACAUCGUGAAUAUCAGGCAGGAGAUUUUGAGGCAGCAGAGAGACACUGCAUGCAGCUCUGGAGACAAGAGCCUGACAAUACUGGUGUACUUUUAUUACUUUCAUCCAUACACUUCCAGUGUCGAAGGCUGGACAGAUCUGCUCACUUUAGCACCCUGGCAAUUAAACAGAACCCCCUUCUAGCAGAAGCCUAUUCGAAUUUGGGGAAUGUGUACAAGGAAAGAGGGCAGUUGCAGGAAGCAAUUGAGCAUUAUCGACAUGCCUUGCGUCUCAAACCCGAUUUCAUUGAUGGUUAUAUUAACCUGGCAGCAGCCUUGGUAGCAGCAGGUGAUAUGGAAGGAGCAGUGCAAGCUUACGUCUCUGCUCUUCAGUACAAUCCUGAUUUGUACUGUGUUCGCAGUGACCUGGGGAACCUGCUCAAAGCCCUGGGUCGCUUGGAAGAAGCCAAGGCAUGUUAUUUGAAAGCAAUUGAGACGCAACCAAACUUUGCAGUAGCCUGGAGUAAUCUCGGCUGUGUUUUCAAUGCACAAGGGGAGAUUUGGCUCGCAAUUCAUCACUUUGAAAAGGCUGUCACUCUUGACCCAAAUUUUCUGGAUGCUUAUAUCAAUUUAGGAAAUGUCUUGAAAGAGGCACGCAUUUUUGACAGAGCUGUGGCAGCUUAUCUUCGAGCCCUAAGUUUGAGCCCAAAUCAUGCUGUAGUGCAUGGCAACCUGGCUUGUGUGUACUAUGAGCAAGGCCUAAUAGAUCUGGCCAUCGACACCUACAGGCGAGCAAUAGAACUACAGCCACAUUUCCCUGAUGCUUAUUGCAACCUAGCAAAUGCUCUCAAAGAGAAGGGCAGUGUUGCUGAAGCAGAAGAUUGUUAUAAUACAGCUCUCCGCCUGUGUCCUACCCAUGCAGACUCUCUGAAUAACCUAGCUAACAUCAAACGAGAACAGGGAAACAUUGAAGAGGCAGUCCGCUUGUAUCGUAAAGCAUUAGAAGUCUUCCCAGAGUUUGCUGCUGCACAUUCGAACUUAGCCAGUGUACUGCAACAGCAGGGCAAACUGCAGGAAGCCCUGAUGCAUUAUAAGGAAGCCAUUCGAAUCAGCCCUACUUUUGCUGAUGCUUACUCUAAUAUGGGAAACACGCUAAAGGAGAUGCAGGAUGUCCAGGGAGCCUUGCAGUGUUAUACUCGUGCCAUUCAAAUUAACCCUGCCUUCGCAGAUGCACAUAGCAAUCUGGCUUCCAUUCACAAGGAUUCAGGGAAUAUUCCAGAAGCAAUAGCUUCUUAUCGCACAGCUUUGAAACUUAAGCCUGAUUUUCCCGAUGCUUACUGUAACUUGGCUCAUUGCCUACAGAUUGUUUGUGAUUGGACGGACUACGAUGAGAGAAUGAAGAAAUUGGUUAGUAUUGUGGCUGACCAAUUAGAGAAGAACAGGCUGCCUUCUGUGCAUCCUCAUCAUAGUAUGUUAUACCCUCUUUCUCAUGGCUUCAGGAAGGCUAUUGCUGAGAGGCAUGGGAAUCUCUGCUUGGAUAAGAUCAAUGUCCUUCAUAAACCACCAUAUGAACAUCCAAAAGACUUGAAGCUCAGUGAUGGUCGAUUGCGUGUAGGAUACGUGAGUUCUGACUUUGGGAAUCAUCCCACUUCUCACCUUAUGCAGUCUAUUCCAGGCAUGCAUAAUCCUGAUAAAUUUGAGGUGUUCUGUUAUGCCCUGAGCCCAGAUGAUGGCACAAACUUCCGAGUGAAAGUGAUGGCAGAAGCCAAUCAUUUCAUUGAUCUUUCUCAGAUCCCAUGCAAUGGAAAAGCAGCUGACCGUAUCCACCAGGAUGGAAUUCACAUCCUUGUAAAUAUGAAUGGCUAUACCAAGGGUGCUCGAAAUGAGCUCUUUGCUCUCAGGCCAGCUCCUAUUCAGGCAAUGUGGCUGGGCUACCCUGGGACGAGUGGUGCGCUUUUCAUGGAUUAUAUCAUCACUGAUCAGGAAACUUCACCAGCUGAAGUUGCUGAGCAGUAUUCUGAGAAACUGGCUUAUAUGCCCCAUACUUUUUUUAUUGGUGAUCAUGCUAAUAUGUUCCCUCACCUGAAGAAAAAAGCAGUCAUUGACUUUAAAUCCAAUGGGCACAUUUAUGACAAUCGGAUUGUCCUCAAUGGCAUCGAUCUCAAAGCGUUUCUUGAUAGUCUGCCAGAUGUGAAAAUUGUCAAGAUGAAGUGUCCUGAUAUAGGAGACAAUGCAGACAGUGGCAACACAGCUCUUAAUAUGCCUGUCAUUCCUAUGAAUACAAUUGCAGAAGCAGUUAUUGAGAUGAUUAACAGAGGACAAAUUCAGAUAACAAUUAAUGGAUUCAGUAUUAGUAAUGGACUGGCAACUACACAGAUAAAUAAUAAGGCUGCAACUGGAGAGGAGGUUCCCCGUACCAUUAUUGUAACCACCCGUUCCCAGUAUGGGCUACCAGAAGAUGCCAUCGUAUACUGUAACUUUAAUCAGUUAUAUAAAAUUGACCCUUCUACUUUGCAGAUGUGGGCAAAUAUUCUGAAACGUGUGCCUAAUAGUGUGCUUUGGCUGUUGCGUUUUCCGGCAGUAGGAGAGCCCAAUAUUCAACAGUAUGCACAGAACAUGGGCCUACCCCAGAACCGUAUCAUUUUUUCACCUGUUGCUCCUAAAGAGGAGCAUGUCAGGAGAGGUCAGCUGGCUGAUGUCUGCCUGGACACUCCCCUAUGUAAUGGGCAUACCACAGGGAUGGAUGUUCUCUGGGCAGGAACACCCAUGGUGACUAUGCCAGGAGAGACUCUUGCUUCUCGAGUUGCCGCAUCUCAGCUCACUUGCUUAGGAUGUCUUGAGCUUAUUGCUAAAAACAGACAAGAAUACGAAGAUAUAGCUGUGAAAUUGGGAACUGAUCUAGAAUACCUGAAGAAAAUUCGUGGCAAAGUCUGGAAGCAGAGAAUAUCUAGCCCUCUAUUCAACACCAAACAAUACACAAUGGAACUAGAACGGCUCUAUCUGCAAAUGUGGGAGCAUUAUGCAGCUGGCAACAAACCUGAUCACAUGAUUAAGCCUGUUGAAGUCACUGAGUCAGCCUGAAUAAAGACUAUAUACAGGAGAACUGCCCCUAUUCCUGAGCCUCAACCUUCUGGGGGGAAAAAGAACUAGAUACCAUACGUCAUACUUGUCUGUACAGUACCAUGUUACAGAUGGGUGAUAUAUAAUGAAAAUAGAAUAGCACAGCCAGACUUGCUUCCUGCAUGAUAGGGAGAGACAUGAGAGAUGGGAAACUGCUGUUUCAUAAGGAAUCUCCCCAUAGAGUUUUACAGCAGCCAGGUGGUGCAGAGGUCUGGAAGGUCUGAUCUCCCUUGGUCUUCCAUGGGAUGCUUAAUGUGGAGGGAGAUUGACCAGCCAUUUUGUGAUUCCAUGGAUUGAUCAAGUCUUCUGAUUUUGUUUAUCUUUAUAUUUUGGGUAUUAGAGCUUUUAUGUUUGCUUUCAGGUAUUUUUCACUCAUGUGAAGUGAUCUUGAUUCUUCUGAGAUAAGGUUUUAAGCUAAAACGUUGCUCCCUGGCUUAGUGUCUGAACUCGGACAGGUUAACAGGGACUUCGCUGAUGUAGUCUUUUUUAUAGGUUUUAUAAACCACUUGAGCCUAUAUCAGUCAUUUUAGUAUCUGACCUAAUGCUUGGAGCUAUAAGUACUUUGUUGAUUUAGAUAACGACUCAAAUUUUUUUUUCCAGUUCAUUUCUCCCUAACCUCCUUUUAAAAUUCUCCUGUGACUGCUAACAAAAUCAAGUAUGGUUUCAAACAUCCCAGAGUGUUUCUCUUAAACACACCAUCUGGUGCCAAAUGAAAAGUCUUAGGAAUGAUUAUUAAUCAUGAAGGGCACAGUUGUGGUACUGUCAUUGAUAAUAAUGUAGAUUUUUUUUUUUGCCUAAUUUUGAACCUGUUUCACCAGUGUUUGAACCUUUGACUGCCCCUUCUAUGCUGCUUCCAAAAGUGAUAGUGUGUGAUAAGAUUUUUACCUUCCUUUCUAAAGUUUGUUUUUUUAAAGUGAGUCCUGUUCUUCCUUUUUCUUUCAGCAGAAAGGAAAUCCCAGGUAAGUAUAAGUAUUCAAAUAUUUGAUUAGUAAGUUGCAGUUAUCUCCAUAUUAAAUAAUGCUCACUGAUAAACUUAGUAGUAAAAGCAAUGAAGGACCAUCUAAGUAUAUGAGUAAUUAUUUUUCAGAUUUUGUUAGGAUAUCAUUGUCUUCUGGACUUAGUCUCAAAGUCUGUAUGGAUUCAGCCUCAGUAGUUGCGAAUUGAUUCCACUGCUUGGUUUGGAGUACAAAUUAGAUAGACAUUAGCCCUCCUGAAGCUUAAAUUCUUGGUAUUUAAAACCAUAGGAAUAAAAUGAUUGAAUCUCAACAAAGGGUUGAGGGCUUGAGGCUUAAUAAAAUGAGCCAACAUAUGAAUCUGUGUAUUGUUGUACUGCACCUAUGCUACCCAGUCACAGAUCAUUUUUGUCUGUUAGUAGUGCUCUAGGAUUAUGUCUUUCUGAAGCACUGAGACAGUGCAUCUAUUCUGUAGUUGGCAGCUGUUGCCUGAAUGUAUCCUAGCUGACAAAUUACUGAAUAAUUAAGAACUUGAAUUUGUGAAAGAUUCUUAUUGCUAAUCAAAACCGAAGCAAGGAGUCUCAAAUGUAAUUCUGGUUCCAGAAUUACGCUGGGAUGAACUGUGUACCUUUUAAUAAUGUAAAUCAAGGAGCAUUAGUUAAGGGAUUUCUUAAUUUAUUUUUUAUCCAAUUGAAAUACCAAUUAAGGUUGCCAGCAUGGUUACAGGUAAACUGAACUAGUCAAAGUGGGACUGGUUAAGAGACUUCCAGUGCCCUAAAGGCUGUGAUGGACAGCCAUUUUACAUAGCACAUCAUUCCUCCUAUAGGGAUGAACUUCUUCCUGGCACGAAAAAUACACAGUUUGGUUGAAGCUUUGCUUAUGUAACAGGCUUUUAUUUCCAGGUAACAUGUCUAUGGAAGACUUAAUUCUGAAUAGAGUUAUAGAUAUUACUGGAAACUAGUUUUUUUUUUCUAUAAUACUCUGGUUUAUUGAAAAAGUAAAGCAUAUAAAUUGUGCUACAGAAAUUAAGAUGUUGUCUUGCGAUCUUUAAACAAUAAAUGGAUGAUUUCCCC